AAACCCCCGUGUAGGAAAGCUCUACAUCAGUUUGAAAACACAACAAUUCAAAAUGAAAAUAGCAAUUAUUUCUCUGAUUGUUAUUUUCCAUGUGUUCUUUGUGAUUGGGGUAAGUGGAGAUGGAUCAUACCACCCUAGAAACGUAAAUACCCGUUCCAAGGACAAAGGUCAACAUCAUUCGGUUUCAUCACGUCACCAGGCUUCCCACAACAACCUUCAUCAUGCCGAAGCCAAGCAUUCCAAACCUCGUGGUGCACAUAAUCGACAUGCCAGUUUACCGAGCACUCACCAAGUUCUAAACCGCCACCAAACUGCACGCAAAGGUAAACAGGACCGGUCAAACCCCGAUAAAAGUUGUGAAUGGGUCUGCAGAAGCGGAGAGGUGAAAUGGAAGGGAGACGGAUCCAUAAACAAUAAUGGAAGUAAAGAUAAUUGGAGCGGCAGUGGAGAAUUGUCAUGGACCGUAGUGAAUAAUAACGGAUCAAAUGAAAGCACUGGAAGCGGAUCGAAUGAAGGAAACGGUUCAGGCGAAGGAACUGGAACCUCAAGUGGCAGUGGAAAUGGACAAGGAACAUCAACAGGUGGAAGUAGUUCAGGAAAAGGCAGUGGUUCUGCAACAGCUGGUGGAACUGGACAAGGAAGUGGAUCAAAUGGAGGUAACGGUUCAGGCGAAGGAACCGGUACUUCAACUGGAAGCGGUGUUGGACAAGGAACCGGUGUCUCAACUGGUACAGAUUCACACAACUGCUCUGAAACAAUUCGUGCAUUUAUUGGAGAAAUACGAGAACAAAUUGAAAAGCAAUCAAACAAUGUUGUAGGAAAUGGCAACACAAACGGUUCACUCAAUAAUAACAAUCUCCUGGUUGGCAUUACACAUGCCGCUAGUCAACUAUUCAAAGGUAGUGGCGGAGUUUUCAAUGGAAGUGCCGCUAACGGAGACAAUGGGCAAGGUGGAAACGGUGGUGGAUCAAUCGAUAUUAAUGGCGGCAACAUCGGUGGCAAUGGAUAUGGAAAAGGUGGAGACUUCCUCGGCAACGCAUUUGGUGGAAACGGCGGAAAUGGUGGAAAUAGUGGAAGCGGCGAAAGUUCCUACAUUGGUGGCUGGCCAUUCAGAUUUCCUAAUGGUCAAGGUGGACAAGGUGGACAAGGUGGAACUGGUGGAACUGGUGGAACUGGUGGAAAUGGUGAUGGUACUGGCGGUAGUGUUUCUGUGAGUACUGGCAGCGGUGGCAGCGGUUCAGGUGGAAAUGGAGGAACCUUCAACGGAAGCUUUACAGGAGCACACCAAAGCCAAGAAACCAAAAGCAAAAGUCAUCAUUCGAAAGGCAACUCCAGGAAUCAUCACGUCCCUGGUGCUAACAGACACCACCACCAAAAAUCCAACAGUCGGAAUGGACAUGGACAACAAGCUAAACGCUUAGCAAGAUCGAAAAUGCAACAACACGAAAACAAACAGCAUUUCUAAAAGACGUCAAUUAGUAUUUUACCUUUAACCAACACUAUAUUAAACACAGAUUAUUAAUGUACACUUAAAUAUUAUAUAGAAAUACACCUAGCAAUCUGAGCAAACAACAAA